AUCGGUAAAUGCUAGCGCAAAACAAUUGAGAAUUGCUAGGGCAACUCAAGAAAGAAUAGUGAAACGCAAGAGCAACACUAGAGAGAAUCAGUGAAACCCAAGCGCAACACAAGUGAGAAUCAGUGGAUAUGCAAGCGCAACACAAAUGAGUAUAAGUGAAAUUCAAGCGCAACACUAGAGAGAAUCAGUUAAAACCAAAGCGCAACACUAGAGAAUCAGUGAAACGCAAGCGCGAGAAACAGCGAAAUGGAAACGCCUUUUUUGGGGGGAAGUCGGACCCAACUUUCUGCCAUUAUUUAAGUGGACUUUUGAAGCACACUAGCAUACACACAUUGGCACCAGUCUAGCCAGGACGGGACUCUAGCACAGUCUAUUACCCGUGCAGUUCGGCAGCCAUGGACAGCUGUUUUGUCGUUUUUAGGACUCGUCAGCAUGGCAUAGCCGGUUUGCCUCAGUUAAACUUCAUCGGCAAUAAACUGUAGGGCGACUUCGGCUCGAACGAAGUGCUUUAAACCACAGCUAAGAUCCAUGUGUGAUCUAAAGCUGCGACCGGGCUAGCGUGAUGCCAAUUGUGCAGAUCACGCAUGCGGCCUUUGCUAGUUUGAGACUCCGUUGGAUAGCCAAACUAACCUUGUUCACAACAGAAAAUCUCCAAUAAGGUAUACGUCGAACCGAACUUCAACCGAAUCAAUUGAAUAACUGGUGUGUGUCCAAGACAAGCUUAUUUCCAGUGUCUGCAUACGUCGAGCCUGUUUUUCAGGAGUCAAUACUUUUAAAAAUUCUAGAGUUUCUCCAGCCGCGGGAUGGAUAAUAAGGGGAAGCCCUUCACUCACUGGGGCGUGGCCGAGUGGGAGAGGGUGCAAAGGGUGUUGCCAAACCUGCCCGUCAUUUUCUGGUUCCUCUUAAUAUGGGGGACGGAGAUCAGUCCGCUUACGCCAGCCCAGCAGAUUCAGUUACUGAAGGUGUGCUACGACAUCGCCUUCUUGAUAAGAGACAGUAAGAUGAUGAUGAGGGUGUAUGGGACUGCGAGUAAGGUGUAUCGUGAGAUGCGUCUGUUUGACCAAGCACUGGCAUGUUACUCAACGGCACUAAAAAUUGCAAAAGCAAUAGGCAGCAUAGAGCUGCAGGCGGCAUGUUAUUAUAACAUGGGCAGUACCUAUAACAAGCUUCAUAACUACAACAAGGCACUGGACUACUACAAGCAGUCACUAAACGCCUUCAUGAAGACUGGAGAAGAGCGUAAACAAGCAGAUGUUUAUAACAAUAUCGGUUUUUUGUAUAAGUCCCUCGGUGACAACAGUCAAGCCAUGGAGAACUACAAACAUGCGUUAUGUAUACACAAGAAGUUUGAGAAAGAGCUUAAACAAGCAGGUGUUUAUUAUGGUAUCGGUGCUGUGUACCAGUCCCUCGGUGACAAUUGUCAAGCCAUGGAGAACUACAAACAUGCGUUAUGUAUAUACGAGAAGUUCGGGGAAGAGCGUAAACAAGCAGAUGUUUAUAACAACAUCGGUGUUGUGUUCAAGUCCCUCGGUGACAAUGGUCAAGCCAUGGUGAACUACAAAAAUGCGUUAUGUAUAUACGAGAAGUUUGGGGAAGAGCGUGAACAAGCAAAUGUUUAUAACAAUAUCGGUAAUUUGUACUACUCCCUCGGUGACGGUGGUCAAGCCAUGGAGAACCUCAAAAAUGCGUUAUGCAUAUACGAGAAGUUCGGGGAAGAGCUUAAACAAGCAGAUGUUUAUAACAAUGUAGGUGCUGUGUUCAUGUCCCUCGGUGACAAUGGUCAAGCCAUGGAGAACUACAAACAUGCGUUAUGUAUACACGAGAAGUUCGGGGAAGAGCUUAAACAAGCAGAUGUUUAUUCCAACAUCGGUGCUGUGUUCAAGUCCCUCGGUGACAAUGGUCAAGCCAUGGAAAACUACAAACAUGCGUUAUGUAUAUACGAGAAGUUAGGGGAAGAGCGUAAACAAGCAGAUGUUUAUUCCAACAUCGGUGCUGUGUUCAAGUCCCUCGGUGACAAUGGUCAAGCCAUGGAAAACUACAAACAUGCGUUAUGUAUAUACGAGAAGAUCGGGGAAGAGCUUGAACAAGCCGAUGUUUAUUACAAUAUCGGUGAUGUGUUCGAGUCCCUCGGUGACAAUGGUCAAGCCAUGGUGAACUACAAAAAUGCGUUAUGUAUAUACGAGAAGUUCGGGGAAGAGUGUAAACAAGCAUGUGUUUUUAACGGUAUCGGUGGUUUGUACAGCUCCCUCGGUGACAAUGGUAAAGCCAUGGAAAACUACAAACAUGCGUUAUGUAUAUACGAGAAGUUAGGGGAAGUGCGUAAACAAGCAGAUGUUUAUAACGGUAUCGGUAUUACGUACGACUCCCUUGGUGACAAAGGUCAAGCAAUUGAGAACCUCAAAAAUGCGUUAUGCAUUUACGAGAAGUUCGGGGAAGAGCGUAAACAAGCAAAUGUUUAUAACAACAUCGGUAAUACGUACUACUCCCUCGGUGACGGUGGUCAAGCCAUGGAGAACUACAAAAAUGCGUUAUGUAUACACGAGAAGUUCGGGGAAGAGCGUAAACAAGCCGAUGUUUAUAGCAACAUCGGUAAUACGUACUACUCCCUCGGUGACAAUGGUCAAGCCAUGGUGAACUACAAAAAGGCGUUAUGUAUACACGAGAAGUUCGGGGAAGAGCGUAAACAAGUAGAUGUUUAUAGCAACAUCGGUAAUACGUACUACUUUCUCGGUGACAAUGGUCAAGCCAUGGAAAACUACAAACAUGCGUUAUGUAUAUAUGAGAAGUUAGGGGAAGAGUGUAGACAAGCACGUGUUUAUAACAACAUCGGUGCUGUGUUCUGUUCCCUCGGUGACAAUAGUCAAGCUAUGAUGAACUUCAAAAAUGCGUUAUGUAUAUACGAGAAGUUUGAUAACGAGCACGGUCAAGCAGAAGCAUACUGUAACAUUGCUGCUAUUGCUCGAUUUUAUAAUUCUGUGGAAGCAAUGGUGCUUUACCGGUCUGCACUAGCUCUUUUUCAAAAACACGGUGACGUGAUUCGUCAGGCUGAAAUAUGGCACAACAUAGGUAUCCUGUAUCUGAAUAUGUCGAAGCAUCCAGAGGCAGAGAAGAGUUUAAAAGAGAGUUUACGGCUUUAUGAACUAGUAUUUAUGAACCUUGGAAGCCUCGAAAAAUUGAAAAUUACCGUUAUAGAGACUUACAUCAAAACAUAUCGUUGUCUUUUUUACGUCUCCAUUAUACUAGACAAACCAGAACAGGCGCUACUAGCAAGCGAACAAGGACGAUCACGCGCUCUCAAAGAUAGCCUACAGAAAAAAUAUGGACUAGAAAGCAAUGCCCCCAGUGAUGAGGACACACGCUAUAGAAGCUCAUUAAUCAGUGAAGACAAUACGUCGUUUGUUGUCAUUUGCUUGUCACUAGAAUGGCUUCAUUUGUUUACACUUGCAAGCGGGAAGCCCUUGGUUACCGAAUCGGUACCAAAAGAAAUAUUCUCAAGCGUCGAGUCUGAAAUCAAUGGAAAAGAGCUAGAGUGGUUACGAGACUACAUAGACAGGAUGGUAAAUGAGGCAAAUUCACACGUUCGUCUAAACCGUGACGAAUCGUUUGAAGACAGAUCCCUGAGAUUGAGCUGCGAUGACGACGGUGAUGAGUCACGGCAGCCAUCCGUGUUAGCACGAGGCGUGAGAACAGCUACCGAGAUUGAGAGGGCUCGCAAGUCGACUGAGGUCAGAGCCGAGCCAAGCGAGAACAGUGAAGACGGGAACUUCCCUGAAACAAGCUCGACAAAUAGUGAGGCUACUGGUGGUACACAGAAUCAACCUCAACUACCUACCCAAGCUCCAAUGAGCCAAGCCACAGGGAUACCACAAGAAAGCGAUGUAAUCCCCUCUGUUAAAGUGCCGCAGGAGCACGAGGAUGACACGUGUACACCACUCCUACCAAGCGGCCCCGAGACACCCAUACACCACGACCCGCUAGAAGUGUUGUACCGACUGCUGAUCUCUCCAAUUGAGGAUCACCUCACUGAGCCUGAAGUGGUGUUCAUUCCGGAAGAUUUCACUUUCAUGAUUCCAUUUGGGGCCAUGAAAGACCCCGAUGGGAGAUUCUUGGCUGAGCGAAAACGCAUCCGUACUGGCCCAUCGCUUUCUACCCUCAAGCUGCUGAGGGAGUGUCCUGAACACAAACACAGCAAGCAGAAUGUGCUGGUUGUCGCCAACCCGAGAUCUAAUGUUAACGUUGAGUGGCCCGAUGAGUUCAAACAACUUAAGGUCAAGCCAUUCAGUGAUACAUUUGCAUGUCUCCCUAAGGCAAGUGAAGAAGCAGAAAUGAUCCGCGAUCUUCUGCCCGAUGUGACUUGUCUGAUGGAAGAGCGAGCAACAAAGAAUGCGAUCCUUGCCAAGCUCAAGGAGGGUGUCGGGAUAGUCCAUAUCGCAUCGCAUGGCAACGCAAGGACAGGGAAAAUCCUAGUAGCCCCUGGACCACGCCCACAUGACGAAAUCGCCCCCUCCAAAGACUUUCUUCUGACAAUGGAGGAGAUCUACUCGUGCCAAAUCAACGCGCGUCUUGUUGUGCUGUGCUGCUGCCAUAGCGGUACAGGCGAGAUCAGAGCCGAGGGUGUAAUGGGACUCACCCGAGCGUUCCUCGCUGCAGGAGCGCGCUCUGUUCUUGCCACACUAUGGCAGAUCAGCGAUAAGGCUACGCUUUACUUCAUGAAGCGUUUUUAUGGCCAUCUGGUCAGCGGACUGACUGCUAGUGCCAGUCUCCAACAGACUAUCCGCGACACAAUCGCCGACAAAGACAAAUACAGCCACCCUUACUACUGGGGCGCAUUUAUCUUAGUCGGCGACGAUGUUACUCUCACGGGAUGUUGUGAAUAAUGAGGGCUUAAAUGAAGCUCGACAUAUCAUAGUGUAUAAAUGGACGAUGUUACUCUAUUAUAAAGUUGUAAAUAAUGUGUGCUUAAUUUCAGUUCAACACAUCUUUCUGUAUGAGGGAGCCAUUUCAUUCUAAAAUAGAGUUUUAAAUAAGGUAAAUUAUUGUAUUGGUGUAGCUCCGUGUUACCUCUCUGUUUGAAAGAGCGAUUUAUUUGUAAUGUUGUUAUCAAUAGAGACAAGCUCUAUUGCUUCGCUAGAUAUCAUGGGAUGCUUGUAGCGAGAAAUAUCUAGAAACAGAAGUGUAUAUAUUUGUAAAAUUGAGAUUUGUAAUUUAAAGCACAUUAAGAAUA